UCUUCUUGGAAUUCUGAAUAAAACUACAGCGCUAUCUUACUACCAAAGAAAAAAAUACAAAGAGAAAAGGGUGGGAAGAUAUGUCGAUAGGAAAGACAUUAACGGCGUUAUCACCGACGUACAUCUGGGCCUGGACGUUGUUGGCCGUCAUGCUGACGUGGACGGUGUUUCACGUGGCCAUGAAGAAGAAGAAGAACACGGAGGAGACGGAGACGGAGACGGAGACGGAAAAGGGAGACGGUGCUGACGUCAUCAUUGUCGGGGCUGGUGUUGCCGGCUCUGCUCUUGCUUAUGUUCUAGCCAGGGAUGGAAGGCGAGUGCACGUAAUAGAGAGGGAUUUGAGUGAACCUGAUAGAAUGAUGGGUGAGGUGAUGCAACCGGGAGGUCGCCUCAUGUUGGCCGAGCUUGGUCUCGAAGAAUGUUUGGAGGAAAUCGAUUCGCAAAAGAUGAGGGCUUUGGCAAUAUACAAAGAUGGAAAAUGUGGGCACUGCCCAUUUCCUGAGGAUUUCGAGUUUCCUUACGAAGCUUGCGGUCGGGCCUUUCACAACGGUCGUUUUGUCCAAAGACUUCGCCACAAGGCUUCUUCUCAUCCCAAUGUGAAUUUGGAAGAAGGGACAGUGAAAUCUUUGGUAGAAGAGAAGGGAGUGAUAAAAGGAGUGAAGUACAAGAGCAAGAAUACCGGUCAAGAAACAACGGCCUUUGCACCUCUCACCGUCGUUUGUGACGGCGCUUAUUCUAACAUCCGUCGCUCUCUCCAUGACUCCAAGGUGGACGUGAACUCUUACAUCAUUGGUUAUGUGACGAAGAAUUGCCGGCUCCAAGAUCCAGAAAGCUUGCAUCUGUUCAUGUCGGAGCCGUCAUUUUCAAUGUUGUGUCAAAUAGGCAGUGACGAGGUUCGUUGCUUAGCAGAAGUUCUUCCUGAGAACGUUCCCUCUGUUGCCAAUGGUAAAGCACUUGCCUUCUUCAAGAACGUCAUAGCUCCUCAGAUACCUCCUAAUCUCCGAGACAUAUUCUUGAAAGGACUUGAUGAGAACCCUGAGAUAAAGACAGUUGCAACGAAGAGCAUGCGAGAUUCUCUAUGUGAUAAGAAGGGAGUGAUCGUGCUGGGAGAUGCAUUCACCAUGAGGCAUCCUAUAGUUGCCUCAGGUAUGAUGGUUGCAUUGUCAGAUAUUGUCAUCCUUCGUGAUCUUCUCAAGCCUAUAAACAAUCUUGGUGACACGAGAAAGCUCUCUCAGGCUCAUAAGUCCUUCAUUAAACUCCGAAAGCCAAUGUCGGCGACUGUGAACACACUUGCUGAUGCGUUUCACCGAGUGCUUCUUGCGUCGAGUGAUGAAGCAAGAGAAGCAAUGAGACAAGGCAGCUUCAAUUACCUCAGUCGGGGAGGAUUUUCUGCCAAGGAAAUGAUGGCUAUCCUCGGUGGUAUGAAGCCGAGGCCACCCUCUCUCGUCCUCCAUCUAUUCGGCAUCACAUUUGCUUCCAUCGCUAUUUUGGUCUCUCCCUUUCCUACUCCCCGUGGUGUUUGGCACACCCUCAGACUGCUUCGGUUGGCUUUGACCAUGUUGGGAUCACAUUUAAAGGAAGAAGGAGUAGAUCAAAUGUUGUCUCCAACAGCCGCAGCCGCUUAUCGCAAACGCUAUAUGACCGCAACCACUACCUAAUCGCGGACAAGACAAUUCCUCGUUAUGUGAAGAUGUUUUUAUAGAUAUAUCCCAAUAAAACAUUACGGACUUCUUAUAGACUUUUGUUUGCUUAUUGGUUGGUCCAAUGUGUGAAAGAAUUAAGUGUGUAUGCGAAUAACGUAUCCAGAACUCGUAUGGCCAUACUAAGUUUCUUGUGAUCUUGAACUUGUAAUCUUAAACGUUACCUAAAAACA